AUGUCUUUACUCUCUCAACAUAAGGCCCAGCUGUUCACUACUUGUUCCCCAGACAGCACCGUCAACGACACCAUCAAGCCGGACCUCGGGUACACAUUUCAGCUCGACCAAUCGGGCAAGGUGAUCAGCAUGUGCUUCAGCUUCCCCAUAAAAGAGAUCAACGGUGAAAAGACCGACAACGCCCAGUUAAUUGUAACCAUCACGGAGUCGGACGAUAGCCAGUUUGAGCUGACCUUGACCUCUGACACCGAUGAGAUGAGGGUCUACGCGUCUGGAUCCAUGUUUGAGAACCCUCCGUUUUACAACGUCACUGGGGUUACACUAGCCGGAAGUUUCGAGAAGUUCCGCGUUGGGCAGAAAGACGCCCAAGUUUUCACUUUAAAUCUAUGCGAUGAAUCAGGGAAAUGCGUUAAAAUGAAUGAGGAUGUGCCCAUCACAAUCAGCCUGAAAAUUAUUACUUUAAAAGAAGUAUCUAUGGCUGUAGCUGGUAUAACAGUCUUCAUAGCGACGGUCUAUUUGUGGAGUCAGAGAACAUUAAAAACAUACCCAGUUAAAAGAGCCGCUGAGCUGGAAGGCACUGAUGCUAUCAAGACAAUACCUGAUGUACAUAGACUGAGCUGCGAUGUGUUGAGGUUUGGAGCUCAAUGCCAGGAUCAUUACCGCUGUAGUAACGAUUCCCUCUAUGCGACGUGCUCCAUUGAGAACGAGUCAAACAUCAACGAGCGGAACAGCAGACACGGUUUGAACGCUCUGGGCCGUUUCCCUCAUGACGUCAAGUGCACCGGACAGAGGCUGAGUUUGGGCGAGAUGGAAUUCACCAACAUCUUCAAUACGUGCCCGGCUAACGAAACAGUGGGGAACUUGCCAUGUGAUGACAUUAUUAGUGGCAUCACUGGUACUACAACAAUAGAGCCAGACCUGGGAUACACAUUUGUGCUCGACGUCUUGGGAGCCUGUUUUAAUGUCACAGUUAUCGAGGUCAAUGGUAAAAGGAUCGACUAUGGCAAGAUUAUCAAGAAGUUGAAGUUUGAAUUUACCCAAAUGAAAACAAACCGCACCGAGCUGGACGAGAACUAUGACAGGAAUGUGAUGAGUGUCGAAAUCCCGUCUGAGUUUGUCGUUGAAAUCAUUGAAAACAACACCCGGCUGUUCAACGUGAAGGAGUUUACAAAUAACGGAUUAUGUGAUUGGCUCCGUGACUGGCGGGGAAAAGGCAGCACCAACAAUGGCACCACCAAGCCGGACCUCGUAUACACAUUUCAGGUCGACCAAUCGGGCAAGGUGAUCAGCGUCUGCUUUAUCCUCAUAAGAGAAAAGACCGACAAAGCCAAGAUAUUGCUGAACGUCACCGAGACCAACGAUAGCGAGCUGGGCCUGGCCUUGACCUCUGACGCCGAUGAGAUGAAGCUCUACAUACAGCCUGGAUAUAUUAUUAUUAUUAGCGACACUUACCCUCUGUUUUACAACUUCACUGGGGUUACACUAGCCGGAAGUUUCGAGAAGUUCCGUGUCGGGAAGAAAGACGCCCAAGAUUUCAAUUUAAAAAAUUGUGAUAGAUCAGGAAAAUGCUUUGAUUGGAAUGAGAAAAGGAUCAUCAGAGUGAUACUGAUAAUUGUUGAUUUAAAAGAAACAUCUAUUGCUGUAAUCGGUGUAACAAUCUUCAUAGCAACGGUCUAUUUUUUGAAUUUUUGGCAAAGAAGGCGAAGACUGAAUCAAUUUGUAUUAAACCUACAGCAACAGAUAGCCGCUUUCCAACAGCAGGCUGCACCUGCGGGUUGACUACGUUCUGCAGCAACCCUA